AUGAGGGGCAUCGGUGCGCCAGACUUCUUCAAUUCCGGUGCAACCAACCAAGUCACCAUCCAUGAGAACUCCUCCUCAUACCAAAAAUAUCGGAUAUUGCCCCGUGUCUUGAAAGAUGUCUCCAAAGUCAACACUGCGAUCAGACUAUUCGAUCGAGACAUCACCUUCCCACUCUGCGUCUCGCCAGCCGGCCUCCAAAGCAUGGCCCAUGCAGACGGCGAACUCGCAACGAGCAGAGCAUGCGCCAAAGCAGGUGUCAACAUGGGAGUCUCCUCGUAUGCCAAUCACUCCGUAGAGCAGAUCACCGCUGCCGGAACCGAAGUCGGACCUAUCCACCACGUCAUGCAACUAUACUCAAUGACAGACCGUGAGAAAGAAGCGCGCAUCGUGCACCGCGCUGAGAAAGCCGGCUGCAAAGCGAUCUUCCUUACAGCGGAUAGUCCAGUUCUCGGUGUGCGGUUUAACGAAUGGCGGAAUGGAUUCAUACCCCCAGCCGGGCUGGACUACCCCAUGAUCGAGAAGACGUCGGAGCAGAUCCAGCAGCAAUCGCACGACGAUGGAUUCUCAUCUUUCAAUUCGGCUUCGCACUCCUGGGCUGAAGAGAUCCCCUGGUUACGCAGUGUCACGAAGAUGGAGAUUUGGAUCAAGGGUGUACUCACGCCUGAGGAUGUGGAGAUGGCUAUCCAGUAUGGAUGUGAUGGCGUUGUGAUUAGCAACCAUGGUGGACGGCAGUUGGAUGAGACACCAGCAACGAUUGAUGUUCUACCCGCCUGUGCGAAAGCUGCUCAAGGGCGCAUUCGCAUCCAUAUUGAUGGGGGCAUCCGGUCUGGGAGCGAUAUCUUCAAGGCUUUGGCAUUGGGGGCGGAGUGCUGCUGGGUUGGCCGUCCGAUGCUGUGGGGAUUGGCGGUAAGACUGAUCCUAUCUUUUCCGUGA